ACAUAAGGUUUUGCAUUUAGGCCAAAAGUGUAUUCCUUUGCUUCUGUUUUUUUCUUCAGGAUUACUUUAGCGCCUUGUUGAAAACAGGAUGCAUAUUCUGUAUAUUUUAUUCUUAUUUUCGCUCUAUCAUUUAGGUAAUUAUUGUGGAGUCACUACAACGUUGACCUAUCCUGUUUUCUCCCAUCACAGCCAUUGAACUCUGUAGCUGUUUUAAAAAUCAUCAAUGGCCUCGUGGUGACAUCCCUAAGCAGUUUCCUUCCUGUCCUCAGUUCAGUUCAAAAGGACGACUACAUCUUUGAUGUGUCUGGGUGGUUUAAUACAUCAUCCACAGCAUUACUAUUAACUUGACCAUGCUUAAAGAUAUAUUCAAUGUCUGAUUUGUUAUUGUUGCCCAUCUACCAAGCACUGACCUUCUUUAUUAGGCUUUCAAAAAUAUCCCUGGUCGUUGUAUUUGAAUAUGUGCUUGAAAUGCAACGACUAUAUUUUAGUUAUUCAAUUUUAUUAAUUUGUAAAAAUGUGUAGAAUUUUCUUUUCACUUUGACAAUAUGGAGCAUUUUGCAUAGAUCAAUGACAAAGAAUCUAAAUCUAUUUCAACCCCACUUUCUAGCGCAUCUUAUUGUGAAAAUAAAGUGAAAGGGAGAGUAGACUUUCUAUAGGCUAUGUAAGUGUUAGCCAUGUGAUACAAUACACUUAAAACACAGAAGAUAUAAUGGAAAUUAUAUAGACAUUUCCCCAAGCAGUUCAAGGGUCUCAGAUUUCAAUUUACAGGAAAUUUAUGAUAAGAUAAUAUGUAUGUUAAUAAAUAUCUACCCAUAAAUGCUAAUUAGAAUGCUAUUGGAAGAUAUUCCUGGAUAAAUGAAGUCAUAAGAGAGGUUUGUUCAUGUGAUCUUCAUGUGAUCUGAUCUAGUAACAGUGUGAAAGAGUGAUUGUGGGAGGUGUAUCUGAUCUGCUCUUCCAAAAAGAGAAGUGUUGCCAACCACGAAUUGACGUUGACACAUUUAAAUAGACCAAUCUCUUUAUCUGGCGCUUCGUUUUAGCCGAAAGGUGAAUAUUGGGGCUUACACCACUAUAUAUACACUUGCACAAGUACAUCCAUCUCACACAAACAGUGGUCAGACACUGCUUGCCUUGUCUGAAGUUUACACUCAAAUAUACAAAAUGAGCUCACUGGAUAAUGACAUCAACCAGCACUUCCAGGAUGCAAUUGAUGUGAUUCAACGGCACUCUGACGAUCCGUAUUGUGAUACAGAGUAUAAGUACUUUGAGCCUCCAACGCGAUCGAGCAUAAUGUGCUGCUACCCCAUCACCCACCCUUCUGAUGUGCCAGGGCCAUAUGACUGGAACGAGCAGACGUCAUGGCCUCAUGUUGUUCCUUACGGCUCACUGGGUCCAUCUGUGACCGUGGACUACCCCCAGUUCUACUCCAUCGCACCGCCACCGAGGAGCGGCAAAGGUCGCAAGAAGCUGCGUCUUUAUGAGUACCUGCAUGAGGCUCUGGGCGAUCCCAACACGGCUGACUCCAUCCAGUGGACGGACCGUGGCAGUGGCACCUUCCACUUCAUCUCCAAGAACAAAGAGAAGUUGGCCGAGUGCUGGGGCAAGCGCAAGGGCAACCGCAAGACCAUGACCUAUCAGAAAAUGGCACGGGCGCUGCGCAACUACAGCCGAACGGGCGAGAUCGUAAAGGUGCGCCGCAAACUCACCUACCAGUUCAACCCAUCGAUCAUCCAGAGGCUUGGGGGCAUCAGUCACGUCAUUCCCCCCGCCGGGCACCCCGGGGCUGGCCACCCUGGGCGGGAGGUGCUCCUCCACCAGCAGCAUGCCCCAUCUGAACAGGCUUACUAUGGCUCUGCUGCUGCACCUGACUGGCACAACUGGUAUGGACAUUACUCCCUCCAGGGAGACUGUGAUCUUGCCACAAGCUUCACUUCAUCCACAGUCACCAAGGCGUGAACUCAGGUAAUGUCACUGUGGAAAAUAACAGAGGUUAAAAGCUGCUUUAGCUUGCUGUCAAUUCAUACGGUUACUCCUGCAUACUUCUGAGGGGGCCUACAACUGGGCCUUGUUAUGCAGCCAUUGUGUUAUGGGUGUCAGGAAACGUAACGAAACAUAAAGAAAAUGUAAAAAUGUUUACUCUCCGUUAGUUAUGCCAUUUAAAGGAAAAUGUAAUGACCAUUGAUCAGGUAUUGUGGAUCAUUGAAUAUGUAAAUAAUGAAAAUAUAUCAACUUUUUUUUACCUAUGAGAACUGUGAACCAGUUACAAGCAUUCGGUGUGGGUACUGUACAUGUAAAGGGAAAUAACUACAAUGUUGGAUUCAAAUAAGAACAUGUAUUACUGCAUGUCAUUUUGUAAAUAAUGAAUUCAAAUCCUUUGUAUCUCACACACAUUGAUGUAUUUUAAUAAAUAAUUUUUGUUUAA